AUGGUUCCGAGGAAUUCGAACUCGAUGUUACAUGAAACAUGGCGCGGGUUCCUUGGUCGACGUGAAUAUCGCAAGGUUUUGAGCGAAGCAGUAAUUCGAUUGCGUAUUGAAAUGUAUCAUCGAUGUGCGACAAAGAUUCAGAGUGCAUGGCGUGGCUAUUUAACACGCAAGUACAAGUUUAAUUUUUACGCUCGGAACGUUUAUCUACAAGCCCUGAAAGAGGUGGGGCAAUGCAUCAGGGAGCGUCUGGCCGAAUAUGAGGCGGACAGUCAAGAGAAGAUGGAAGUACAGUUGGAGACAGAAACGAAGGACCGUCUGUGGCAAUGGGCCAAAGCGAAUCACUAUCGUGCUUCCACCUUCAGUCAACCCGGGAUUUACAACACAAGGAGAAAUUAUAUACCUGACCCAAGAGAAGGCUUGCUGAGGGCAGCUGGUAAAAUGUUGGCUCAGGAAUGCAUUCCGUCCAGAGUGAAAUGGAAAGAGAUUAAACGGAUACCGCCGACCAGUGCAGUGGAGACGCCAAUGGCUGAUCGGAAAUCCUUCACCAACUCGGAAUCGAAACUGCCCGAGAUCAAAGGACCUUUUCGACCGCGUUCGGCAGUUCGUCGAUGGAAGCAAACACCCAUUACUUUAUCGUUACGUGUGUUGUCUGACUAUUUCUCCUUGGAGAAGGCUCGCCAAGCACAGAGUGCAGAAGAGUGGAUAAACCGAGUCCACGAUGAACCGUAA